CAUGCCGGUUUGCGAUCGCCCAAGCCGGCGUCAUGUCGACUGCGAUGAACUUCGGGACCAAGAGCUUCCAGCCGCGGCCCCCGGACAAGGGCAGCUUCCCGCUGGACCACUUCGGUGAAUGUAAAAGCUUCAAAGAGAAGUUCAUGAAGUGUCUCCGUGACAAUAAUUUUGAAAAUUCUUUGUGCAGAAAUGAAUCAAAAGAAUAUUUAGAGUGCAGAAUGGAAAGGCAACUGAUGGCACAAGAACCACUGGAAAAACUGGGAUUUGGAGAUUUGAUAGAUGGAAAAUCAGAGGCAAAAAAAUAACUUCUGAUGAGAAAAGCACUGGGCUGUGUCAAAGGUACCCAAGCUAGAGCACAUCACAUGGAACUGAGGGCCUGCGUGUGGCCUUUCUUGGGACAGGCUCUCAGGACGCCCUGACAUACUCCUCCUGAAGCCAGUCAGGCAUCCUCUGUGGGUCCCUCUCUUAAGUAGGGAAAUGGCUAUCUCCUGCGCUCCCCAAGUUAUUUUCAACAAGUGUUCUUCCUUUUAGAUUCUUAUUUCUCCUUAAGAGAGUGGCUUUAUCUUUAAAUCCACAUGUGUGACUGAGUUCCCAGGGAGGCUCGUGACAGGAGGUAAGAUGCCACUGGUGUCACUCUUCAUGGCCAGCGAGUGCCCUGGGUCUCCUGUAAAAGGGUGGCUUUAGUGCAGUGCUCUGAGUAGCUUUCCAAAACCGAUAUGCUCAGUGUGCACGGAUUUCACUGCUAUAGACAGACAUGGUCAGAAAAGAACCUUUCCCUAGAAACAUUUUCCUUUUCGUACUCAUGAGCAUAUAUGCCAGUUCACCCUCCACCACCACCAGAAGUGGAAAUUGAGAUAGUGAAAAGUUGUUUGUCUUUUGAUACAUUUGAUUUCUUGGGUUUUUCUGGUUCUGCCUGAACAAGUUACCUUUAUAAUAAAGGGUAAUUUUCUGAUUUGUAUCAGACUGUAAUUAUAAAACUAGAUAUUUAAUUUCAGUAACUCACAUAUUGUAAUCCUGACAACUAGAAUGCCAGUACAUACGUAGUGAGAGUUACAUGGUUGUCUUCUAAUUACUCUGUGAAAAUAUUAACCCUCAGUAUCAACCAGCUCUUACUGGAGACCCUCUGAGGUCACGUCGAAGUGGUGGUCCUGCCACAUCACAGUUUCCAGUCACAGGUUCUUAGAGUAGUGGUUCUCAGCCUGAACUGUUUGCAGAAUUACCUGUGAGUCAUUUCAGCAUUACAGGUGCUGAGUCUAGGAUGAUUUUGAUGUGUGCCAGGGUUCAAAACCAUGAACAAAUGCUAGUACCAUGCCUCCUGUCUGGGCCUGCUGGCCUUCAGAUCCACUCCCCCUUCCCAAGCACUGCAGGCUGUUUCCUUGGCUCCAUUUGGCCAGUGGACGGCAGUGAUGAGAUUGAGAGGACAAGGGACAAUCCAGGGCAUGUCCCCCUUGGGCAACGAGGCUUUUCAUCUUUUCUUUUCUCCCCACGUAUUCAUGGUAGAGCACAUGUAUGCAUGAGAGAGGGAGAGAGGGCACCCUCCACAGGGUCUCGUCAUGCCACAGUCCCCUCUCUGCAAUGGUGAGUCUUCUCUAGUUCUAGAAGAUGGGGGAAGCCAAUGCAGUUGAUCCUGGGCUCCAGGAAGAAGGCUGCUCUGCACCCCAGGGUGUGGUUGGGGCGGCUCCUCAGCUCAUCUCCAGUUCUCCACGGUAUGGUCUGUUUCCUGUGCUGUGGUGGGGCCCUUUAUUAGACCGCCUUGAGCAAAUGCCUCCUUCCCUUGCCUGCGUGCCUGGACUGGCACCCCUGCUCCCACUUGCAGUUUGUCACAGUUCUAUAUUUGGUCUCUGUCAUGCUUCUCUGUGUGCUGUAGAUUUUUUGGCAUGUUAUUGCUAGUUUAGGAAAAGUCUCAGUUUUUAGCAGCAAACCAAACUAAGCCGUCAAAAUAUUUUGUAUAUGCCUAAUGUUAUUUAUUGCAACAGUAUUUUUAACUAAAAGAUACUGAAGCAACCCAAAUGCCCUCUCCUACAAGAGCACGUUUAGACACUGACACAGCCACACGGACACUGUGCAGCUGCAGGAAAGACUGUGGUGGGGAAGAAGGAGGGCAGUCUGACUGAUAGGGAGAGACGUAUCAUGCUGCUAAUGUGGGGAAAGGUGAGUACGAAAGAGUAUCUAUAGCGUGUUAAAAAGGAAAAGAAGAAAGAAACUGUACAAAUAACUCCUUAUUUGUACAAAAAAGAAAUUCAGGCAGGAUAAACCUGAAACUGAUGAGAGUGGUUACCACCUGGGAGGGCCGUGACACCUCUGAGUACACCGUGUCACGGAGUUCUGACUCUGAGCCAUGCCAGUAUUUUACAUGCUCAGAAAACAAAUAAAGCAGGAUUUGACAGUACUGCCUAGCCGUAUUGCGGUAUUAACAGUAACAGCCCAGUCAUGUUACAGAUGCACACUGUGUCCCACUACAGCGGUGCAGAAGGCGGCAGUAGCCUAGCAACCUACAGAUACCCACUGGGACCCACCGCAGGGGUGAGGGAGACAGGACAGGCCUAAGUAACUUCCAAAUGCAUGCCAUGACCCAGUGAGGGUAUAGAGGGCCCCAUUAGCCUGAGUAAUGUUGGAAAACAAUUUUGCCUAAAGUGAGGAACAAAAGACAAGAUUUUCAUUUUUAAGAAUUACUUAUUUAAUUUUAUUUUUUAUUGUUCUUCAACUUGAUCGGAGAGAGAGAGAGUGAGAAAGCAUGCCUCGGUCCAGAACUCAGCCAUGUGGGAGUCCAGCACCUUAAGCACCACACCACUUGUCAGCCCCUCAAAAAGACAAGAUAUUAUAGCCUAGGUAAUCGUUUUCUUCCACAUUGACAGCAAUUAUGAAACUUUUUUUCCCCAUUUGCCAGAGGGUGCAUGCACUUGCAGGGAGGGUAAGAGUGAGCAAGCACUCCCCUAUAGAGAAUGGUCACGCUACAAUCCUUUUCCUCCCUUCUCCCUCCCUUCAGGAUUUUGGGCAUGCACACACACAUGCUCGUUGUGUUUCUUAAGCCACCAGCUCCGGGACUCAAACGGUGCAGUCAGCCAUGUGGGGUCCAACUACCUUAACUACCACACCCAGGUUACACCAAAACUGUAAUCUAAAAUAGAAUAAACUG